AACACAUUAAUCGAUGACGUUCAACACAACACUUACCCGGACAGGGGUAGAGAUUUUCGUGUGAGGUGAAAUAUUGUUGGAUAAAAAGGAUUAAGAUGGAAAUGCAGUGGUUCUCAGCUAAAAGGUCAAAUAUUUAGAGCUGGCGGCCUACUUAGAUAAUCACUACCUGAACACAGACGACUCAAAGUUUGUUACAUUUGUCACAACCGAUAUCACAGACUUCUUGGAACGAGCACAACCUGACAGAGUCCUGAUCUUCCCUCCCGUCAACAGCUAUCAUCGGCUACUUAUCCACAAGACUGUUGAGGAAUAUAGUGGACUUGCAAGUUUCUCAGUUGGGGAGGCCCUCAAUCGUCGCACUGUUGUCUGUCUCACUGUAUCACUUCUCAGAGGUGAGUUGGGUCAAGAGUUGAUGUCCCGACCUCCUGAGCCACUUGCCAGGAGGGGGCGGGGCAGGGGGCGUGGUGCAACUAGGGGCAGCCCCUCCCCUAGUGGGCUAACUACACGGGAGAGUGCACCAGGGCAGGGGGUGGAGGCUGUGUCACGGGAAGCUAGGGCAUCAGCUGUCAAAGAGAGACACUCUCUUGGAGCAAGAGAGAAAAAGAAACCUGGAGCUCAGAUUUAUGUCCCACGUGCCCGCCGUGUACACCAGGAACAGGUUAGCAGAGUGACUCAGUCUGACAGUCUACAGCAUAGUGAUGCUCACUCACUCACUCAGCAACAUCAGGUUGAUGAUAGGCUGCAUGGUGAGCCAUGUGACCCUGGGUACAGGGGUCAAGGUGAUAAGGCACCUAUCGGUCAUGGAGAUGCACCUAUUAAGUGUCAAAGUGAAAGGACCCCUAGAGGUCAAAUGGACACAAGUCAAAAAGGUUUGAGGAAAGAUCCAGCAGAGUCUCCAAGGGAAGAGAGACGUGCCAAGGUGGGUCGUAAGCCACGCCCAGAAAUACAAAGAUAUGUUCCUCGUGCAAGGAGACAGCCACAGUCUGAUACCCCCAGUGAACAACCAGCUACUCCAGAGACAUGGGAUGAAAGGGUGGAGUGCAACACCGAGAACACGCCAACUCCAGAGAAACUCACUGAAUCUCCAAAAGGAUCUUCUGUCAAAAAGCUGAAAUGUGAUUCUGGGCCUGAUGGUUCAGGAAAGGUUUCAGAGUCUGGAGAGAGGAGAGAUGGUAUCAAUUCAAGCCAUCUUGAAACACAAGAAUCUGUUAACAAAAGCAGUGUGUCAAAUCAUUCUAGUGCAAAUGGUCUUUGUGUUCAAAGGGCAGUUGCAGAACCUUCCUCUGAACAUGGGCUUCUUCCAGACUUAGUUCAGGGGACUCAUACAGAGACAAGUGAAGAAUGUUCUCAAGGAUUAGCCACACAGGUGGCUGACAGUGCACAUUCUGUAAGUGACUAUAUCGGCGAUGGCAAUUCCAUACAUGGGUCAUGCAUCAAUGAUGUAUGUGCCUCAUCUCAUGGCUCUGAAAAUGUUUCCCUCUCAGAAUCUGAUGGUACAACAGUUGAGAGCUCUGUUAGCGUCAGACAUGGAUGUGAAAGCAGGAGACAAGUUAACACAGAAUGUACUGAAAGUCAGGAGGAUGGUCAUGUUGAUAACAUUCCAGCACCACCCAUGUCUCAGACAACAGUCCAGUCCAAUACGGCUCCCACUUGUAUGGAUGACACGUCCGCGGUGGAUGUCGUGUCUGAUAUUCCAGUUGCUUCUGAUGAUUCCACCAGCCAGGCCAGUGUUGAGCCUGAUGUCUGUGUGCUGGUUCAAGACAGUAACCCAUCAGCAGACUCUGAAACUUUCAGUCAGAACCAGAACAGUAGCAACCCAGAUGUCACAAGUGUAGGGGCAAUGGAGGAUCAGAUCUCAGAUCAGGAUGACGGAUGCGUUCCCGAGAAACCGAAAUGACAAAA